AAAAUCCAUAGUAUUAACUUGACUGUUAACAUAAUAUUAAGGUGUAAACAACGGAUAACAUAUGUGUAAACCAUCACGUGUUUAAUACACUAAGAUACUUAACAUAUGUAGCGAUAGGUAAAAGGUUAUUAAAUUGGCUCUACAGGUUUGUUUUAAUUACAAUCAUGACAGAAGACAGUGAAAUAGAGCGGUUAAAGAAACAGUUAAAACUCGUACCACACCCGAGUGGAUACGGUGCAUUCCGGGAAAUGUGGAAGGGAGAUAGACAGGUCACAUUCACCACAGAAACAAGACAUGGCGGGGCAAGAGCUCCGGGAACCAGCAUAUAUUUUCUACUAGCAGCCCCAAAUUGUGUUAAUUGGCAUAAACACCUGUCCGACGAGGGAUUUUACUGGCAUGCUGGUGGAAGGGUGAAGAUUCACAUAAUUAAAGAUGACGGAUCACACUCGUGUCACGUGCUUGGAGAUGUAUUAAAGUACGAGGAAUGUGUGGCCCAAAUUGUUGUACCACAUGACACGUGGUAUUCCGCUGAGCUUCUUCCAGAUGAAAAGUUUAGUUUGUAUAGCGCUGUAGUUAUGCCAGGUUUUGAAUUUGAAGAUUGGAUCGAAGGGAAGAGAGCAGACCUUCUUGAACAGUUCCCACAACAUAAAGAAUUGAUAGCAAAGUUAACAGAUGCAUCUAAAUGAUAGAUAACGAAGUCAUUUAAAAUUGAAAACAUUUAUAACAUUUCCAACUAGAGGCCAACCGGGAAGCUUUGUUAUUUUUAAUAAAGCAAUAAUUUCUAAUUUUGAUUAUUUUUGAAACAAAGCUAAGUUAUGGUAACAAGGUUACGAAGUGAUAAAUUACGGAGUGCAAAAUGAAGCACAUUGAAUAUCUUAUAUAUGUAUAUCAACUGUUCAAAAUAUUUACCAUCUUUGUAUGAACAUCUUGUGUGGGUUCUUCACGUGUGUUAUAAUUAUAUGAUAUAAAAUAUCUUAUGUCGCUGAAAAUUUACCAUAUUUGAUGACUUACUAGUAUUAGUAUUAUUAUAAUCAUAAUUUUAUCAGCUGUGUAGUUAAGUAAAUAGAGAAAUAAAAGAUGUUAUGUAUUAAUAACUGCAAUCUAUCAUUAA